AUGCCUCCAUGGGUGGCCUCUGUGCCGCGAGCGAUUGCAUGUUCAAGGGCGAAAGCAAUUGACCGAGUCGCAGCAUCCUUCCGCUGCCGCCGAGCCGUCCAUCCACUGCGCACCCGCUGCGCAUCCACGCACGUCUCGCCGACCGCAAUAAACUACCGUCCGAACGUACCGCCGCGGAACCAGGAGCUAUACAGUGCGCUUUCGGGGCUGAACGGCGCGGCAGAGCAGUAUGUCAACCUGAGUAGGCUGCAGUUGGCGCUCCGAGGGCUGGCGGUCGACAAUGCAGUGACGAGGGUUGCGGUGCUAGGGCUGAACAGCCAGGUCGGCGCACAGCGGCUAGCCAGGCUGCUGGUCGCGGAUCCAUUGGCUGAGAACGCUGACUGGGAGCGGGAGCUGGAGAAGAGCCCCGAGGAAGGUGCUGUGCUGCUACGUUUCGGAGACGAAAACGAUGCGCACGCGCCGAGUCCUUUGUACAAGAUCCUCUCCGUACCUUCGCGGGUUCUGGGCAAACACAAUCUCGAGAUCCUCGUAUCGACAUUGAAUGCCAAUGCUCCCAGCUCCGCCGCUGCAGCCGCAACAGAAAGCUCCAAGGACGCUGUGUUGGUGCCAAAGCUGCAGGUCUCUUCUGCGAGGGGGACGCCGGUGCCAUACCCGGUACAUAAAUCGCUCGUGCUAGGAGAAGGUCUGGACAGUGCCAUCACGUUCGGCCAGUUUGCGUCCGAUUCCAUUCGAAAAGCAGGGAACAUGGUCAAAGUAGCCAUCGAACUCCCUGCGCCAUCGACCGCAUCGGGAGCAGCAGAAGAUUCCGCGUCCACUGUGUCGAUCAACACCGCGACCGGCACCCAGGGACUGGACGCCAUCCGCGCCUCCGUGGCCAACUCCAUGGACUAUGAACGAAAAUGGUUCGCCAGCGGCCUCCCGGCCCUUUCACGGUGGCUUGUCUCCGAUCUCCAACCCGCCGACACAAUCAAGCCCGUCCAGAAGGCCCUCAUAUCCUCCCUCCUCGACGAUGUAGAGGCUACCAUUACCAAAGAAGAUGCACAUCAGCUACAACUUCUCGCUUCCACUACCACGCCGGAACAGCUCAACGCCGAAAUGAUCAAGGCUCUGGAGGAGUGGGCGGAGAAAUCACAUCGCGAAUUGAGGGAUAGCCUUGACGAGGCGUUCGCAGGAAAGAACUGGCGUAAGCUCGGGUGGUGGAAGCUUUUCUGGAGAGUCGACGACGUGAGCAUGAUCACAGAGGAGAUCAUCGCUCGGCGAUGGCUCGUUAGUGCGGAGAAGGACGCCGUCUACCUCGCCGGUAGGAUGAAGCAGGCCGGCUUUCCGGACGAGGUGCGGCCUCUGCCCGGGUACAGCGAUGCAGACACAUACUUCAAGGCCCCGGCAGAUGCUUCAGGUCACGAUGUGUCAAUAACUGAGAUCCAAGAGACGGCCCUCUCCACUGCGGUCAAUCUCCCUACUCCGUGGCCUGCCCUGCUCUCAUCGACCCGUGCGACGCUUCUUGCUACAACGCUACCACCUCUGCAGGCACUCGCCCAACGUCUCAUUCUAACCACACUCUCUACUACAUCUCUUUCCGCAGCGUUAUCAGCACUCCUAUACGUUUCCGUAUCCACGGUGAGCCUGUUCGAAGCGAGUUCAUUGGCGGCACUCGGCCUGACGUUCUCGCUAAGGCGUAUGCAAAAGGUGUGGGAGGACGCGAGAGAAGCGUGGAACGUCGAAGUACGGGAAGAGGGAAGGCAGGCACUCAAGAAGACAGAGGGAUUCGUGAGGACUAUCAUCAAUGGUGGCGGACCCGGUGCAGUUGUCGAAGACGAGGGAGUAGAAGAAAGAACAAGGGCCAGAGAGGCGGUUACGAAGGUCAGGGAGGCUCUGCUGAAGCUGAGCAAGGAGUAG